UUAUGCCCCUUGGUGUCCUGCAUGCCAGAAAAUGCAGCCUGAGUGGAAGGAAUUUGCAGAAUGGGGAGAAGAUCUGGAUGUGAACAUUGCAGAAGUGGAUGUUACAGCACAGCCAGGUUUGAGCGGACGAUUUGUCAUUACUGCACUACCCACCAUAUAUCACUGCAAAGACAGAAUUUUCAGAAAAUUCCAAGGUUCCAGGACUCACAAAGAUUUUAUAAACUUUGUAAGCGAGAAGGAGUGGGAGGGCGUAGAGCCAGUGUCGUCUUGGGUCAGUCCAGAUUCAGUUCUGAUGAGCAGUAUGUCUGGCCUAUUUCAGCUUUCCAUGCAGAUUAGGCAAUGUCACAAUUAUUUUGUUGAAGACCUUGGUAUUCCAGUCUGGGGAUCUUACAUCAUUUUUGCAUUGAUAACCCUGUUUUUAGGGUUAGUUUUGGGCUUG